AUGGCAGACAAGCGCCUUCCCGGCCUGUACGGCAACACCGAUCUCGGCUCUCGAAUCAACAUGUUCACAGAGAAGGCGGAGAAGCACUACGAGAAGCAAAAGCUGAAUCCCUUCUCCGGCAACUUUGACGCCGUCGAGGCGGCCAAGCAGAAGCUGAGCAAGGACGACCCAAACUACGGCAAACCAGUGGAGGGCAGCAAGACGGAUAAUCGCGGCAAGGCGGCCGCCCAGCUGCUGCAGAAUGAGAUCAAGAUGCUGGUGGAGAUCAUGCUGAAGUACGGCACCGCCGCCGAGCAGGACGGCAAGCCGGUGGUGCAGAUGUCCUUCAAGGAGCUCUUUGAGCUGUACAAGGUCAUCUCCAACAAGGUCGUCGGCCUGCUGAUUCGCGCCCGCAAGUACAAGCUGGUGGCCUUCGAGGGGGAGAUGCUGUACCAGGGACGGGACGAUGCAGUGGUCAUCACCCUCCUCGAUCCGAACAUCAAGGUGGAGGAGAUCGCAUUUGAGUAG